GUAGUGGUGAGGUUUUAUUUCCAGUUCGUGGGUUAAACACGGGACAGUCAGCACUGAGAUCGCGACAAAUUAUAUAUAUGACAAAAUAUUGCGAUUUGUUAGAGUAGUAUAGAGUAUAUAUGACCUUCUCUUCCGGGUUUACUCCAGAAAGUAUCUCAUUUCUGGCGGAAAUUAGUUUCUUUCACUUUCUCUUUACACGGCAUGGCUGUCGGGGAUAUCACUAUUCAGAACACUUACUUCCUCCUGAGAUAAAAGUUUCUCAUCCAACAAAAAUAUGAUGCAGAUCUGCUUUCUCUUCAUUUUCCUUACUCUCGUCAAGCCUAUCGAUUCCAAAGACUCAGAAAACACCGUAUUUGUUACAAACGAUUCCUAUGUCCCAUGGAAACUGAGAUUACCAGAAACAGUAAAGCCAGUUCACUACGAUUUACUAAUCCACCCCAACCUGACUUACCUCAACUUUACUGGAAGUGUACAGAUUCAGCUGGACAUUCAGCGGGACACCAAGCACAUUCUUCUUCACAGCAAGAACCUUCACAUCUCCAGAGCAGUUGUUCUGCAGUCUGAUGAUGCUCAUCUUCUUCAGGUCUACGAGUCUGAUCCCUUUGAGCAGAUUGCAUUGUUUUCUCAGGACUUUACGUUUAGAAAAGGAAUACAUUUUAUCCGGUUAGAUUUCUCAGCGAACCUGUCCAACAGUUUUCAUGGCUUUUAUAAAGGCUCAUACACCACACAGAGUGGUGAAGUCAGGGCUUUGGCAUCCACCCAGUUUGAACCAACACAUGCUCGUGCUGCUUUCCCCUGCUUUGAUGAACCUGCCUUCAAAGCCAACUUUUCUAUUCGCAUACGCCGGGAGCCAAGGCACAUUUCCAUCUCAAACAUGCCUAAGUUGAAAACGGUGGCACUCGCAGCAGACUUGCUGGAGGAUCACUAUGACAUGAGUGUGAAAAUGAGCACUUAUCUAGUGGCCUUCAUCGUUUGUGACUUUGUCUCCAUCAGUAAGAAAAGUCAGCAUGGCGUUCAGAUAUCUGUGUACACUGUUCCAGAGAAGAUUAAUCAGGCAGAAUAUGCUCUCAACACGGCAGUAACGAUGCUUGACUUUUAUGAUGAUUAUUUUGGCAUCCCGUAUCCACUUCCCAAACAAGAUCUUGCAGCAAUUCCAGAUUUUCAGUCCGGUGCUAUGGAGAACUGGGGCUUGACCACGUAUAGAGAAUCCGGGCUCCUCUUUGACCCUGAAAGGUCUUCGACGUCUGACAAACUGGGCAUCACAAAAGUUAUUGCCCAUGAGCUUGCCCAUCAGUGGUUUGGUAACUUGGUGACGAUGCAGUGGUGGAAUGACCUGUGGUUAAAUGAGGGCUUUGCCAAGUUCAUGGAAUUUGUAUCCACCAACAUCACCUAUCCUGAGCUGCAAGUGAAUGACUACUUCUUAGAGAAGUGUUUCACUGCCAUGGGUGUAGAUUCUUUAAGCUCCUCGCACCCCAUCUCUACCCCUGUAGAAAAUCCAGCAGAGAUCAGAGAAAUGUUUGAUGAUGUAUCCUAUCAGAAGGGGGCUUGUGUUUUGAACAUGUUGCGAGAUUUUCUGACCCCAGAAGUGUUUAAUCUUGGGAUUAUACGUUACCUAAAAAAACACAGCUACCAUAAUACCGUGAAUGCUGAUCUCUGGGACAGUCUGACAAAUAUCUGUGACUCAAAUGAUUUUGACUUUGGGACACUGAACACAGAUGGAUUCUGCGCUGACAGCAAGUCCAGAUCUUCUGCAUCUAAAUGGUACAUGGAGGAUAACCUGAAUGUGAAAGCUAUCAUGGACACCUGGACACUGCAGGAGGGUUUCCCCAUUAUCACUGUGGAGAUCAAAGGUCGAGAGGUCAAACUAAACCAGGAGAGGUUCCUUAAGGGGGCUGAUACUUCAAAGAAUUCAAGCUUCCUUUGGCAAGUGCCUUUGACCUACAUCACCAGCAGCUCCAGCUCUGUCCAGCGUUUUCUGUUGAAAGAUAGAAACGACGUAUUGUACUUGCCAACAGAAGUGGAGUGGAUUAAAUUCAAUGUGGACAUGAGAGGUUAUUAUAUUGUCCAUUACGAAGCUGAGGGCUGGGAAGCUUUGAUCCGGCAGCUUCAGCGCAAUCACACAGUUUUUAGUGGGAACGACAGAGCAAGCCUCAUUCAUGACAUCUUCCAGCUGGUGAAAAUUGCAAAGGUUCCUCUGGAUAAGGCACUAAGCCUGAGUCUGUACCUGAAGCAUGAGACUGAGAUAAUGCCAGUGACGCAGGGCUUCAGUGAACUCGUCCCGUUUUACAAACUCAUGGAAAAGAGAAACAUGGCAGCUCUGGAGAACCAGCUGAAGGCCUACUUAGUGAACCUGUUCCAGGGACUGAUUGACACACAGACUUGGAGUGAUGAGGGCUCAGUGUCAGAGAGGAUCUUGCGGAAUUACCUGCUCCUCUUUGCUUGCGUGCGGCGUUACACACCCUGUGUUAGCACUGCCCAGGAUCUGUUCCUCAAAUGGAAGGAGUCAGGUGGCAACAUGAGGUUGCCUGCUGAUAUCCGCUUGGUUGUGUACACUGAGGGUGCUCGAACUGAAGAAGGUUGGGACUUCCUUAUGGAAAUGUACCGUCACACUAUGUAUCCGUCGGAAAAGAGUCAGAUUAAAGCAGCGCUGUCCUACAGCCCACUGGCUCACAAGCUAGAGUGGCUAAUGAAGCAGGGUUUAGAAGGAAAUGUCGUGAAGACCCAUGAACUGCCAUCACUUGUCAUUAGCGUCAGUAAAAACCCAAAUGCAUAUAAACUGGCCUGGAAUUUCCUGAGAGCCAACUGGCAAGAACUGGUUAAGAAGUUUGAUCUUGGUUCCUCUUCAAUCUCACGUAUGGUUGUUGGAGUAACCAAUCAGUAUUCAACCAAGGAGAUGCUAGAGGAGGUACGCGCUUUCUUCAGUGCACUGCAGGUGGACAUGGGGGCAGGACUGCGUAGCAUCCAGCAGGCCCUGGAGAAUAUUGAGGAGAAUAUUCGCUGGAUGGAUAGAAAUGUUCCUCUGCUUAAAGACUGGCUCAACAGCCACAGUGAAUGAAUGUGUGUGUGUGUGUGAAACAGAGUAAAAUACCUAGAUCACUCUACUCCACUUUUUCCCCUCAUGCAUUCGAUCAAACACAUUCAUUUUGAUUCCCUUUGGACUGUGAAUACAGAAAACCAGCUAGAACAUGUUGGGGUUGUGUGUUCGAAAAUUAAAAUCAGGUUUAAUUGAGGAACGCAGCUUAACUUAAAGUUAAGGCUAAUAAGCACUAAAAUGUAAAGUGUAAAUAAUAGACCUGAUCAGUGAAUGCUCUUUGAUAUGUUCAGCUGUCCCAUAAAACUCUUAUUUUCUGGUGGAGUUAGUUGUGUUGUUAUCAAGAAAAUAAAUUAAUACAUAAAAAUAAUUAAAAAUAGAAGAUAUGGAGUUAUUAUUUUAAAUAAAUUAAUUAAAAUAAUUAAUUAAUCAUCAAUAACCACUUUGUAUUGGUUAGGAUUCUGGAGCAUUGGGCUUCAUUUAUUUACAAUUUAGAAACGUGUGUGUGUAAAAAAUACUGUGAUAUUUUAUUUUAUUAUUUUAUUUAUUUUAUUUUUUUAUGAUGGAAGUGGUGGAAAUCAACCUACUGUUAGCAAACAUAUUCCAUUAAUUACUGCCUUCCUUGUGGCUUGACCGGUCAAUUGAAUAAAUACCUCAAACCAGUAGGCUUUUAAGUAAUGUUAACUUGAAUCUAAAUAUAAAAAAAAAAUGCUCCAAUAUCUGUAUUAUGGUGCACAUUUCUAUAAUGAGCAAAAUAUUUAAGUUGUUUGAUCACACGAUGUGUUGAGGGAAAGCCAUGGAAUUUAUUUUACUGAUUUAUUUGAAGUGAAAGAAAAUGAAAGAAAAAAGAGAAACUGAAAACAAGUGACGACAAGAAGAAAGAUAAAUAUAAAAUGCUAAAUUCCAUUAAUGCAGCUUCUCCUUCUUCAUUCAGUUUCUUUCUUUAUUUCUUUUUCUUUGGUCUUAUUUGUCUUUCAUUUGAUUUAAUUGAUAUGAAUUGACUCACAAGGUUUCUUAGUUUUAUUGUAUCUUUAAACUUGACACAGAAAUUUUGUGAAGUAAUUUAAUUAUUAAACAAUGCAUUAUUAAUCAUUUGAGGUUCAUUAUUGAAUCAUUCUUCUACUUAAAUUUACACAAAUGCAGGAGCUCACAUAGCAUCCAAGCAUUUUACACAAAUCAAGGAGCAUUUAGUAAGACACAAAUGUUUUUCAGAACUGAAUUUUGAGGAAUUUCCAUAUUUUGGGUUUGUGCUUUUGAAAAUGAUUUAAGAACAAAUUCACUCAAAUGCAAUUUGAUGAACAAGACACAAUGUGCGAAAGGUGAGAAUAUGGCUUUUAU